AGGGCGGGAUUUCACGAACAAACAAGACAACAGAAAAUAGGCAUUGAAGAAAGCGUAGCCAUUUUUCGUCAUACAAUAAAAGACCAUCAAAUGCAACGACAUGCCGCAGAGACAUUCAGACACUCGGGGGAGACGAUUAGUCGUCAUUGUCACAAAGUAAUCAAUGCUCUAUGUUAUCUAGACCUCAACUACAUUCGUCCCCCAGACUUCAACCGUUAUCAUUCUUUGCCCCCUCAUUCUAUUUGGAAGUGGCAACAGUUGAGGUCAGCUUUCCGAUCUCACUUUAUCGGGGCCCAAGUUUGUUUGGUUCCAAAAGAAUCCCUUGCAAAUGUAACUCAAAUAGACGAUGAAAGCGUCAAGGAAUAUAUUGCUCGAUUUAAUGACCGAGUUCAAAACAUGGAGCCAUGUCAUCCCGAAACCCUGCUUGUUAUGGCUAUCGCUGGGUUGAAACCGAACUCGAUUUUUUGCUGGACAUUGUGCCAGAAUAAACCGAACACCUUCCAAGAAUUCCUUGCCCGUGCCCAGCAACAUAUCAUUGCCGAAGAAGCAAUGUCGGUCCCCGAUUUUAAUUUCAAUCCGAAUUCCCGAGGACUUAAACAAAAUCGAUCUCCUAGGCCGAUGCAAAUAACGGUCCACAGAGUGAAUACCAAUAGUUCCCGAGGUACCUCAUCCCGGCGACAAGUCAAAGCCUACGCCCGGCAAGCAUACAACUCCGGCAAACAAGUUUUUACUACCGAUCUGAGAGACGUUCUUAAUGCUCGGAAUUGCCCUAUUACUUUCAACAUGGAAGAUGCGAAUCAUUUUGGACACCCUCACUCUGACGCACUUGUCAUCACCGUUCCAAUAUGUGGGAUUCCAGUACACCGUGUCAUGGUCGAUACUGGGGCCUAUUCAAGCAUUUUGAUGCUGAAAGCUUUUGACAAAAUGGGUC